AUGGCCUUCUGCAGCUGGAAGUGGCUCCACCUCUUGGGCAGGUCAAACACCUUUGCCAAGGCUUGGAGGAGCAGGAGAAGAGGCCCCUCUCUGCGCUGGCAGCGCUGCUGCCAUUGGAGUGCCGGCAAGUCUCUGGACCCUGAGGUGAGAGCGUUUUUGGAGGAGAACACAGAGGUCACCAGCAGCGGGCACCUCACACCAGAGAUACGACUGCGCCUCCUCACCCCUCACUGCAGGUUCUGGAGGGAAAAACCUGACCUGUGGCCUUAUGGGGACCCAUUUUGGGCAAUUUACUGGCCAGGAGGCCAAGCUCUCUCCAGGUAUAUUUUAGAUAAUCCACAUAUUGUUAAAGGACGAUCGGUUUUGGAUCUUGGAAGUGGAUGUGGAGCAACAGCAAUAGCUGCUGUGAUGAGUGGUGCAUCGCAAGUCCUUGCUAAUGACAUUGACCCUAUUGCAGGAAUGGCAAUGAUCUUGAACUGUGAACUGAACAACCUGAAUCCCUUCCCCAUCACCAUUAAGAACAUCAUUAAUUCAGAGGCCGGCAACUGGGACCUCAUUGUUCUAGGAGAUAUGUUUUAUGAUGAACAACUUGCUGAUGGUCUGCAUCACUGGCUGAGGAAAUGCAUCAGGACACAGCAAACUGAAGUGCUGAUUGGUGACCCUGGCAGGUAUCAGUUUUUAACCCACAGCAUUCGCAGUCAGUUGCACAAAGUUAUAGAAUAUUCACUUCCUGAGUAUACUAGACAAGAAAACAAUGGGUUAACAUCAAGUAUCGUCUGGAGUUAUCAGCCUUCAAAUAGCUUAUAA